CGUGCUCGUCUAUUUUGAUAGUCGUUGUGGUUGUCGCUCGGCGUCUCGCCUCGGCUCUUCUCUCUUCUGAUAAGAUGUUGUGUGGUCUGUCUGUUGGAGUCGAGAUGGUCGGAGAGUGCUAAGCGGAUCUUCCGAUGGGACUGCAAGGCAAUGGGACGUGGAAAGCGGAGAGACAAUCCUCAAGCCGAUCGAGACUGGGCACCGGCGGGUGUUAGCAGUGGUCUAUUCAACAGACAUGACCUUGAUUGUGACUGGUGGACGUGAUGGGCCCGUGAGUGGAAAUCCCGCCGAGUGCUCAGUCAAAAUCUGGGACACGAAGACAGGCGAGCUUGAUGCAAACUCUCGAAGGACACAUGUGGGAAGUGACUUGCCUGGCUUGGACCAAGGACGGCAAAACACUUAUCUCCGGGUCAUGGGACUCCAUUAGGAUAUGGAAUACAACCAAUUGGUGGGAGCAAACCGCGGUCCUGGUUGAGCACACUUCCUGGGUCACGGCCAUUGCAAUAUCACCGAAUGACCGCAUCCUCGCAAGCGCAUCAGAUGACAAGACAGCGCGAUUGUGGAAUCUUGACAAUGGACAACCCAUCAGUUCGCCCCUCCAGCAUGCACAGCCAGUGCAGUGCGUGUCCUUUUCCGAGGGUGGAAAGCUACUAGCAACUGGCUGCAAUGACAAAAAUGCGUACUCAUGGGAUGUUGCUGCGAUUGUUAGAGAAGCCGGCCUCAACGACCUUCUGUUGGAUACAAUGGCCAGCAAGUCAGUACUCCAUUCUGAUGCUACACAACGUACGCCUGCUUAUCGGGCACCCGCAGGUUUUUUCGAUGGAGUCUCACCAGACUCCCGUUCUCAUUUCUCAGCACAAGGCCGUCCCCACUCCUCAGCACAGCCAGGAAACACAUUUCUUAGCCGCUUGUUCCACCGCAGCUCCUCUGAUUCCUAUGAUACGUCACGAUCCUCUCCACUCGACUGGGCUCGAAACCUUCUGAAACCGUACAGACAAAGUGGUGAAGACAUGGGGUUGCAAGGGCGCAACACUGCAGUUGUUGAAGUUCCGCAUGCAAAAGGCAAGCGUAGAAACGCGUCAGCGAGGGAGGUUGCGUUAGCGAAACAGAAGCAGAAGCAGAAGCAGAAAAUGAAACUAUUACGCUCAAAGAACUCUACUGCUGGUAGCUCACAGCCUCUCAAGCCCAAUGUCGCUGAGCCAUCUUCCCAACCACAUGUAGCUGGCUCGUCGUCGUCUACCACACCUGCCGUUGAUGAUCCUACCAUAACUACGACUUCAACAACCUCACGCCCAGAUGCAACGAUAAGAAAGGCUGGACUCUGGACCCGCAUCUGGCUCUUUAUUGGUUGUCUGUCUCCUGAGUACACUGAUAAUCAUCAUUAAUAUACGAUUUCCUUGGCGAUUUCUGAUGAACAGGUACUGUCAUCGAAGGCACACUGACAAGGAAAACCCCAUGCAAGACUCUGGACGCCAAGAAGGGACAUUUCUGGGACUGAUUCAUCCAUUGCGUCUUCCAACUUCCAGGGAAGGGAGAUAUUCCGGGUUCUGGAUACUGCCAGUCUAUGAUAGCGGGGAAGUGAACAACUAUAGGUGUCGCGAUCACGUGAGGACCAAU